ACGUAUGUGUAAAUAAGAGUGAUACAAAAAGCAUGUUUUUUAAUUGGAUAUUCGGUACUUGGAUACUUUGUUACAUCCGACCCGGAAUGACCGGGCCAAGUACAUAAACCUUCGAAGUUUGAACCUCGGUCCUCAAACCCUGGAAACGAAGAAGGUAAAAAAGAAAACAUGGCAGAAGACACGUUGUAUCUUCAACUGCACAAGCUUUCAGCCGUAAACUCAGAGGAAGUUCUCGAACAAAUACUUACAACUCUCUGGAAAACCCGAAGAUCUGGUCUUCGCCCGCCCGAUAAGUCUCGGAUUCAAUCUCUUCUCUCUCUCCCUUCCCUCCCCGAACUCGACCCCGUAUUGGCAUGCCUUCGUUCGCUUAUCAGGAAAUGUGUACAUGAAAAUUUCAAUGGCGAUGAUCUUUUGAAGCUGUUUCCACCUGGUUUGUCACUUGAUUUUCAAAGCAUUCUAGUUUUGUUGUUGCAGAAAUAUGCAAGUCAGUGGAAGGAAGAAAUAGCAAAAGAACAGCAUCCACUGCCAAGGACCAGUGUAUCCUAUCAGGUAAAAGCAAGCGCACCACCUUCUUUCACACCAUUGCCAUCUUCUGAUAUUCCAACAUCCUUGUGGCCUCGGCAAGAUGAUCCUAUUGCCCGCAUUAAUCUCAGUGAUUUUGGGGCUUCUACACCAAUCAUUGCUGAUGCUGCUGGUUCAUGUCGGGCUCCCUUGUUAAUACAACAGGAUGCUGGUCCUCCAGACAAUCUGGAAGUUCUACCCCGCCUCAAAUCAAUGACAUGGACCAUGGAGAAUCUCAACUCGGCACCAGCCAAUAGAGUGGCUAUUAUCCAUCUUAAGCUUCAAGAUUAUAGCAAGUCUCCUUCAGGAGAAAUAGAAGUGAAAUUUCAGCUGACUAAAGACACUCUUGAAGCUAUGUUGAGAUCAAUGACUUAUAUCAGUGAACAACUCUCAAACAUGGCUGGGACAUCCUCCGAGCCGGCACAGAAAAAGCAAAAGCAAUAGGACUGCACAAUCUUAGUCUGUUUCUUCUUUCUUUUCUGAAUGCCAUUAUAAUAGAUUCAUGUUAUAACUUAUAGUUAUCAGCUAAUGUUGGCGUAGAUAUAUGUACUGAUUACUAAUGCAUGUUCACAAGUACGAGUUAGAAUUCAUCUUAGCAUGAAUGUUGUUGAUUGUCGACAGUCUCAAUGUCAGUUCUUCCUAAAAUUUCAUAGUUUUAACUGUAUUCUCUCAUUUUCUCUCUUGGUCACAUAAAAUUUCAUAGAUUAACUAUCAAAAAAUUUUACACUUGUUUUUUUGUAGUUAUAAAUCCCAAUGUAUGGCGCCGGUAAUUUUCUAAUGAAUAUUAAUACUAGAUAGAUUGUGUUGUCCAUUUGAUGGUGAUGGAGUAUAAAAAAUCCAUAAAUUGAUUUCUAAUUUAAAACUGAUUUAGGUA